GACGAUGAUAGUGAGAGGUUCAAGACUGCAAUGGUGGUGAUAAGUGAUUCUCCGUGUUUGCUAAGUGCUAAGUACUCAUUUUUCUCACACUGACACAAGAAGUGAAGCACAGGCGACUCUUGGAUCAUACAUAGUUUGUUCUUCAUCCAGAUAAAACUCCACCAGCAAUAACACCAUCCCGAUGCCGGUUUCCUCUCGUUGGCCGAUUGUGCAGACCGACUGGUUUGAAAAAGUUUUCGGUUUUCCCGAGCCCCGGUCAUGGGACGAAACAAUCGAGAAGUUCGACUACGAUCCGGAGAAGCAGGGGGUUUUGCGAACUGCAGCUGCUCAGAAAGGAGGAACAAACGAGGCUCGGGAGUUCCACGUCGGUUAUUUUACCCGCCCGUCCCUCGGCGAGCUGCGAAGGAGAAACGAAGAAAACAUGCAGGCCCAUCACCCGGGAAAGUCACCUGAUGAAGACGUCGAGGACAAUGCGGCGCCGGCGGACAAAGUACAACCUCCGAAAAGUUGUAUCAGUUCAGCUUCUCUAUCAACCUUCCAGAUUCUCACCCGGCAGGAUGUGCAGGCGCUGCACAAUUUGGACAAGCACGGAAACCACUUUGCGACGUUUCAGGUGGCGUCACAGUUCAACUGCUUGGAGCAGGUUGACAUGGGGAUGUACCCGGAACUAGGUGUAACCCGGUGGGCCAUGGAUAAAACCCAGGGACCAGCGUGUUCUUUGUGUACCGCACCGGCGGUGGUUGUGAGAAAUUACUUCACGGGGCAGAGCCGGGAGAAGCAAAUUGACAACUUGGAAGAUCUGACGCGAUUUGUGGAGCAGGCUGCGAAAAACGGCAGUGGCACACGAGGUCGUGGAGGCGACAAAGCAUCUUUAUUCAUCCCUCCGGCUAUUAACCAAUACCCGAGCAGCGAACAUGGCACGACUUCGAGCUGCGAGGGAGAGCAGAGGGAACGCUCAGCAUCGGGUGAGCAGGAACAGGCAGGUGAAAAUGAAGGCGCCCGUGGACGAAAACAAGGCAGCCAGGUAGAAAAGAACGAUGAUCACGACAUCAAUUCUCAAUACUCGCAGAGCGAAAAUAAUAGCGUCAGCAAAAGCUACACCCCGAUUUCCAGCGUCUUUUCCGCUUCGAAAGUCAGUGCCUCGAAAAACAGCAACAGAAGUUCUUCACCAGAAUCCAAGAAGGCGGCAAGGCCAUCAGCAGCGGACGAUAAAGACCUAGAACACAAGUUCUGGCGCGUUAUUGCAGGCUACACGAAGGCGGAAUCAAAAGGCUUAUGCGCCGUCCCGUGGGACAAAGUGGAUCGGGAGCUGUGCAAGGAAAAGCUGAGGAUCGGCGUGCACGCAGACACGCAGGUGACGGCGUGUGGUGACUUUGGGUUGACGGAAUACAAAAGCAACGACAGCGAGGGUAGUAAAAAGGGGAAUCACCUCGUGACCCACUGCCUCUCGUCCGCCUGCGCGAUUUCCUACAACAGCUCGCGCACCACGAAGUCAGAUUGGGAAGUACUCGCGCGGAUCGUCCUGGAAGCCAGUUACGAGGCGUGUUUUUACGCGGCUUUGGAAACGAUGAAAAGGCAUGACGGGGAACUUGGGUCGAAAAAGUUGUUCCUAACGCUGCUUGGCGGAGGGGUGUUUGGAAAUUCCAGCUCUUGGAUCUACGAGGCGAUUUUGCUUUCCUGUAUGCAAUGGAGAAGAUUUUUUCUAUACACCACCACGCUAUUAAGAUCUCUGCGCUAUAUCAUGAUGGAGCCGUCCUGCGUUUUUCCACAUAGAACAGCAUGACAAAGUUAGUGUUUCCGAGCUGCAGCUAGAGUUUCUCAUGCGUGUUGUGUACUGGAAGAGGCUUUUACAGUGCACAUUUGUGAAGAAGUUCAAGAACUGCGGGCUGGAAGUGGUUUUGGUUAGUUUCGCGCCGAUGGACGAUGGACUGAAGAAGUUUGAGCAGCAAGCGCAGAAGAUUUUGCACUAGAAUCAGUAGAGCCUUUGCUGUUUCGGAUGAAGAUGAAGAAUUUUGCUAGUAACGUUGUCGACGAAGAACAAAUUCUAAUCAAGUAGCAUCGGACGUCGAGUAAUUUGCAACCCAUUCUUGCUGUAGCACCUUGCUGUGAUGUGUCCCACCCGUGCACGUGGUGUUCAC